GCAGUUUGUUUAUUUACUUCCCUGCAAAAAAGCAUCAUUCAAACUAGUUUCCCAAAUAUUUUCACCGCUUUCUGAACCAAAACUGCCUCAAAAUUGCGAAAAUGAACCUGGAACCCAUCAACGGCGCCCUGUCCCACCUGCGGGUGCUCCGCUCCAGCGUCGGCCAGGUGUUCGAGACGCUGGGAAAUGGCGUUCGGGCUGAACACGGCGAGGAGGGCAAGGAGCAGAAGUUUCUCCACGAGCUGCAGGAACUGCUGAAUGCGGUCAACUCUAAUUUGAGAGAGUUCGAAACGUGCAUCAGCGAUUUGACGCCGCCGCAGGCACCGCUGAAUCUGGCCAACACGGCGUACCUCUCGCUGGAGACCAACCUGGAGCGGCAGGCCCUUUAUCCGCACCUGGUCCAAAGCUACAAGUGGCACGACAAGCUGCACGAGUACAGCACUUUUGCGUCGACGUUGUUGCAGCAGAAUGCACUUAAAAGAUCUUAUUAUACGAAUACUAAGCGACGGAGAUCGCUUCCGUCGAGCCAUUUGGCCACUCCUCAAACCGUGGACAACCUCAUCGGCAGUAUUCAUUACAACAACAUGAACUUGAAGAUUGUUCGUCCCUUCAUGACUAAUGCAAUUCUUCACGUUACAAUCGCUCGGGUUCUCCGGGCGGCAGUCAUUCUGAAGGGCCUGCUAAUCGAGUGGGUCACCGUGAAGGGGUACGACGAGUCGCUGCUGGACGGGGUGGACGAGCACUGGACGGAAUCGCGGCACCAGGUGUUCCGGAAGGUGCAAGACCACGCCCACUCGGCGAUGUUGCACUUCUUUUCGCCGACGCUGCCCGAGCUGGCGAUCAGAAGCUUUGUGACCUGGUUCCGCAGCUACGUGACGCUGUUCGUGGAUCCGUGCAAAAAGUGCGGCAAACAUCUUCACAACACACUUCCCCCGACGUGGCGCGACCUCCGCACCCUCGAACCCUUCCACGAGGAGUGCAAACAGUGACGAAGAAACAACCUUGGCGCGGGCUAUCGGUAAGAUGAUAAGCACACUAAUCCCUUUUUAUUUCUCUUAAUAAUGAUUAUGAAACUUAACCUAAGGAAUACAAUUUGAAGAAAGAGAGAGACGA